AUGCUUGAAGUGAAGAGCUGUAAUACCAUUGAUGAGAUAAUUGGGAUGAUUCCACAAGAGUAUAUGAUUAGUAGAGGAAUUCUCAAUCCACAUUGUCUCUUCCUCGGUGAAACUCGACUGAAGAAUGAGCUAACUCUAGCACAUUAUGACAUUGCAUCAAGGGCGUUCCUCCCAUUGGGAUGCAAUAUUCAAGUUAAUGUUGGCAUUCCAAGUGAUGAAGUGAUCUCAGUCGAUCUAAAACCUAUGGAUGUAAUAGGUACCGUGAAGGAGAAGAUUGAAGAUUUGUCUGGAAUUCCAUGGCAGCAACAGACCCUCACCUACCUUGGAGAUGAAGUUGAUGAUUUUUAUACACUUGAAGAUUAUGAACUUCAUUUAGGGAGUCUUUGGAAUCUAAGGUGGCAAUUUGGAGGCAAUAAUUGGUCCUUCUUUUGGCCUACUUAUGGAGUUAAACUCCAAAAUCUUUAG